AUGAGUUGGUUUCAAGAUGCCGCGUUUCAUAUCCGCACGCUUCUGCUGAUGCUUCUGUUUCUGAGCGGGUCGCUCACCUUUAUGCACUCGAUGCUCUCCAAGGUGACAAUACUGCCAAACACAGCGACAGAGCCGUGCCAAGGCGUGCGGCCCGUCGAUCAAGUUGUGCUGAUUCUCUUCGAUGCGCUGCGGCCGGACUUUGUGCUGCCAGCGCUGUCACGCCGCUACUCCGACGGAGAAGAGUGUGCGGUGAAUGGCUCCAGGCAAUCCGGCGGCGGCCCCCUCAGCUCCACGCUCAAGUACAUCGAGGAGAACCUGCGGGACACGACACACCCCUCGCAUGGCUUCUUCUAUCUGGCGGACACUCCUACCGCCACAGCUCAGCGGAUCAAGGCGAUAGUGACGGGAACAGUGCCGGCGUUUCUCGAGGCCGGGGCGAACCUCAACACGGAGGAGGUGCUGAGCGAUAGCUUGUUGCGGCAGCUGCGCCGGCGCUCCAUCCUGCUUGGCGACGACACGUGGCUGAACCUGUUCCCUGACGACGGCAAAAACUCAUCGCUGUGGAAGCGCACCAUCGCGUACCCACCGUUCAACGUGUCUGACUUCGACUCCAACGACGAAAAUGUUAUGGCGAACCUCCUGCCGUUGCUUGAAUCGGAGACGGUGGAGCAGGCGCCGCACGACUACGCAAAGCUGAUCGUUGCGCACUUUUUGGGCAUAGACCACAUUGGUCAUCGCCACCACUCCCAGCACCCCUCAAUGGGUGUCAAACUCGCGGCGCUUGACGAGUCGCUACGCAACAUGUCGCGGGUUUUGCGUCACCAACGUCAGAGCGCUACGCGGACGCUGGUGCUCGUCUUUGGUGAUCACGGCAUGACAAACAGUGGCGAUCACGGCGGGGACUCGUACCAGGAGACAGACACUUUCCUUUACGCGGAGCUUUUCGACGGCAACGAUUCCUCGGCGGAAUCAUUACCGCCUGAGGCGCGGCGGAGGAAGGCCGACAUGACGCAGAUGCGCUGGCGCGAGAAUAUCGACAUUGACCUUGAGCGCCUGAAGCAGUGCCGCAACACGGCGGGCGUGCACCCUGACAAGCUGAGCGCUGCGCACCAGGUGGACACCACGCCAACUAUUGCGGCGUUACUCGGCAUUCCCAUCCCGUUCAGCAGCAUCGGUCGUAUCCUUCCGGAGAUCGUCGCGCUCGCCGACGCUGAGGCCGACAUAGAGGCACUCGAGGCGUGCAACUGGCGGCAGGUUGCUUCGUGCAUAGAGGAGUCGAAGGUGCCGAUGAAAGAUUCGUGGAUAGACGACAACCUUCCUUUGCGGGAGCGCGUGGCGCAGAUGAGUUACUUUGCGCGAAAGACACGCAAUGCAAUGGGCCGUCUAGGUAUGUUUGUGGGGUCCUGCCUCUUUAUGAUAGCUUUUCUCUCAUUUCUCUGGGCCGAGGACACCCAAAAGUGUCUGCGGUGUGAGAGUCUCGUGGGUUUGUGGGCGCUGCUGUUGUUCUUCUUUCGUGUGUGCGCCGUGUUCGCGAACAGCUUCGUAUUAAAAGAAUAUGUGGAGGUGCUCUGUCUGGGGCAGCUGCUCUUGGUCGCAGUGUUAAUGGCCACACCUCGGUGGCGGCUCUGCAUCAACCUGGCCACCCUGCUCUCGUCUCUGCGGCUGCUGGUGCCGCUCUUCUGCCGUGACCGCUCUCAUAUUACCCAUGUUGCGGACGCGGCCUCACCGCUCCAGGGAUGGAUGGACGUCAAUGCCCCAGAUGUGCGAUGGGAGGUGUGGGGCACUUUUGCAGGUGCCGUCGCUGGGUUUUGUUUGCUCUCACCCAGACUCUUCCAUCGCCUGUGGGUAGUUGUAUUAUUUGUAGCCAUGGCAGUUUCUUACAAACAGCCGGUUUUGCACCACGUUGUACCGUUGGGUUUCUUUCUGCUGGCCUCUUUGAUGCGUGGGUCUGCAGCGCUGCGGUACAUUACUAUCACACUCUGGGCAAGUUCGCUCUGUAACGAGAACUUUUUGGCGAGUGCCGCGAUUGCGGUUCACGGGGCUGUUUUACCAUUCGUUGUGCGGACGACGCGUCACAUUCCCGUUGUGCCGCAGGCGGUGCUGCUGCAUCUCCUCUCGUGGGUGGCGUUCUUUGCACAGGGUAAUCAAUGCCUCUUCAACACACUCGAUCUGAACGCUUCUUUUGUGGGACUACCGGCGAACAACCUCAUGCUAAGUACCCUGUUUGUUAUGUCGCGGACCUUCAUCGCCUUCGUGUUGGCCCCGAUGGCCACGAUGCUCGCCUACGAGGCGGACCGCGCACGUGGGUGGAGGGUCUGCUACUUCCUGGUUUACCUGGCGGUUUUGCAGAGUUCUCUCUCAUGCUUCAAUGGCUACAUUCAGAAGACACAUCUGAUGCUCUUCUCGAUUUAUUGCCCGAAGCUCAUGUUUGAUGUUGUUAUCUGUGCCGUGACAGGUUUGGGCUAUCUUAUUGCCCUUCUUGUAAUUUAA